UAUUCGUUAUUAUUGUUUUAUUUAUUGUUCCGAAGAGAUCCGAACACAUUACUAUCCUCUGAAUCUCUUUCCCAUUCGCCCAGCAAAAUAGAUGCAUGCUCUUGAGUCCUCCAUGCUGCAGGUCGUAUAAUUGAUGCUAGGGGUCAACUUUUACUGAGAAAUGUCCAGCCGUGGUAGUCCGAGCCGGGAGCCGGCCGGACUGGACGGUCUGCCUCCGAUGUUCAGCAUCGCCAAGGGAGAAGUGGUGUCACUGCAAAACUACGGGGCUUUCGUGAGACUGCCAGGAUACAGGAAAGAAGGUUUGGUACAUGUGAGCGAGAUGUCCGCCUCCAGGGUUGAGAAUGCCUCAGAGAUUGUGGAUGUCGGGGAACAGGUGUGGAUUAAAGUCAUCGGUCGGGAGAUUCAAGGUGACAAGGUGAAGUUGUCCUUCUCCAUGAAAUCUGUCAAUCAGGGAACAGGGCGGGACUUGGACCCCAAUAAUGUUAUGGCAGAUCAAGAUGCAAGACGACGGAGGCAAUUUAGAGAUCAAGGCAACAACAGGAUCACACUGGAGGCCGUGCUCAACACAACGUGUUCUAAGUGCGGCUGCAAGGGUCACUUUACAAAAGACUGCUUCUCUGCUCCGGGCUUGCAGUACGCUCUUCUGCCUGAUGAGGACGAUGAAGAGCCGCAGCGGCAGAAAACCUCCACAGACGCACAGCAGCAAGACUCUGACAAAAAGAAGAAAAAGAAGGAAAAGAAAAUGAAGAAGAAAAAGAAGAGAGAAAGAAAGGAGUCAGAGAGCGACAGCAGCAGUAAUGAAUGUAAAUUCAAGAAAAGGCGCCAUAGCAACUCUGAUGAAAGAGAGGACAAAAAAAAGAAGAAACACAAAAAACACAAAUCACACAAACACAGCUGAAACAUGCACACAACCUACACACACACACACAUACACACACACACACACACACACACACACACACAAACAUAAACAUACAGUCGCACACACACACACUUCAGCUUUCAGACGCAUCCACACAAGAUGAGUGGCUCACGACACUUUCAUUCAUAAAUAUUCAUCAGAAAGCAGCUUGUGUUUAGAGAGGUUCGUGUCAGUUAGGGACAAUUACUCUUUUGCCACUUCAGUUGUGCCAUUUCCUUUCAAAACUCAGAGGAAAGUACAAAAAAAAGAGAGGGAUAGUCAUGUGACCAUCCCCACUUGUCCUGAGGUAACCUCUGGUUCUUAGCGGGAAAGGAGGCUGCAUCAUCUUCUGUGAUGUGAAAUGUGUGAGCCCUAUGGUAGCAUGUGGCGACCCCUUUGGAAAUUCAGAUAUUGUUUACAGGUAUCCGGUUUCUGAUGCUCUGGGACAUCCAUUAAGCAGACAUGAGACAGGGAAGCCGGCACACACACACACACACACACACACACACACACACACACACACACACACACAGAGGGAAAUAGUAGAGACACAAACAGGAAAUGUAAUGCAGCACAAGUGAGCGUAACAGGAAUAUCAUAAUGUGUCGACUUCCUGAUAUUGUACGUUUGUGUGUUCAGGUUGUUGUACAUGCAUGUGUUUGUAUGCCUAACCUCUAGGGGGGGGACACCUCCCGGUGCACACGGCCCCUCAUCCUGCAUGUUAACACCAUUAAAGCUGUUUG